CCAGGCUUCUUCAUCAGACCUUUCUACAAGAUGAUGCUGGGGAAGCCCAUAACCCUGAAGGACAUGGAGUCAGUGGAUAGUGAAUACUACAACUCUCUGAAGUGGAUCCUGGAAAAUGACCCCACCGAGCUGGAUCUCACGUUUUGCAUAGAUGAGGAAAACUUUGGGCAGACAUAUCAAGUGGACCUGAAGCCCAACGGGUCCGAAAUCAUGGUAACAAAUGAAAACAAGCGGGAAUACAUUGACCUGGUCAUCCAGUGGCGAUUUGUCAACAGAGUGCAGAAAGAAAUGAAUGCCUUUCUGGAGGGAUUCACAGAACUGCUUCCUAUCGACCCGAUUAAAAUUUUUGAUGAAAAUGAGCUGGAGUUACUGAUGUGUGGCCUUGGUGGCGUGGAUGUCAGCGGCUGGAGACAACACACCAUCUACAAAAAUGGUUACUGCCCAAAUCACCCUGUUAUCCGGUGGUUCUGGAAGGCUGUGCUGCUGAUGGACGCUGAGAAGUGGAUCCGGCUGCUGCAGUUCGUGACCGGGACGUCCCGCGUGCCCAUGAACGGGGCAGGACAGGGGCGGGACCGGGCAGUCCCAGAAGGCAGAGCCCGGGAGGAGCCGGGAUGA